AACUAAAACAAUAAAUACAACACACACCUUAGCAUAUAAACUCAAUCAUAGCUGUCUUCCUUCUAAUCUUAAUUUUCAUCAAAGAAUUUGUCAUUUUUACGCUUACCAUAUGACUAGCGAAAUCAAAGCAUCAAGCCAUAUCACUCUCCCUCCACCAUGCUCCGGAAAUCUCAUAACAAUCCUUAGCAUUGAUGGUGGAGGCAUAAGAGGUAUCAUCCCUGGUGUCAUUCUCCAGUACCUUGAAUCACAACUUCAGGAGUUAGAUGGCCAGGAAGUAAGGCUAGCGGAUUACUUUGAUGUCGUCUCUGGAACGAGCACAGGUGGUCUAGUUACGAUCAUGCUAACAGCUCCAAAUGAGAACAACAGACCUAUGUAUGCUGCGAAAGACAUCGUUCAGUUUUAUCUUGACAAUUCUCCCAAAAUUUUCCCACAAGUUGGAGGGCCAUUUGCUGGAUUUAUAAAGUUGUUGAAGACACUGGUAGGACCCAAAUACAACGGGAAGUACCUUAAAAACCUUGUAACAAGCUUACUAGGAACCACAAAGUUGAGUCAGACAUUGACUAACGUUGUGAUCCCUACAUUUGAUAUUAAGAAUAUGCAACCUGUAAUCUUUAGCUCCUUUCAGGUGGCCAGGGAACCAAGCAUGGAUGCACAAUUAUCGGACAUCUGCGUCGGGACAUCUGCGGCACCUACUUACCUCCCUGCCCAUCAAUUUCAAAACGGUGAUCGAGAGUUUAACCUUAUUGACGGUGGAAUUACGGCUAAUAAUCCGGUUCUCGAUUGGCAGUCUUUGGUUGCAAUAGGGGAAGUGGCUAGGCAGGUUCUAAAACGAGAUCCAAAUUUCCCCGCAAUCGGGCCACUUGGUUACGGUCAAUAUCUCUUGAUAUCAAUCGGGACGGGCACAGAGAAGCAACAACCUCUAUUUGACGCCAAAAUGGCUGCCAAAUGGGGAGUGCUCGGGUGGUUAGUCAACCAAAGUUCCGCCCCCUUGAUAGAUGCUUUCACACAAGCAAGUGCUGAUUUGGUUGUUAUGUAUAAUAACACCGUCUUUGAAGCCUUCGAGUCUGUUGACAACUACCUCCACAUUCAGGACGAUGGAUUGACCGGAGACUUGGCUUCAGUUGACGUGGCAACAAAGGAAAAUUUGGAAGGCUUAGUGAAAGCCGGGGAAGGGUUACUAGAUAACCUUGUAUCUCGAGUGAAUACUAGUACUGGAAUUGUUGAACCGGUCCCAAAUGGUGGUACGAAUCGUGAGGCAUUGAAAAGGUUUGCAAAACGACUCUCAGACGAAAGGAAAGUAAGGGAGGCAAAUUAUAUAAACGGGGGAGUGCUUGAGUGAAUUGUUAUUUUGCUUUGUGAAAUUAUUUAAAUAUAUCGAAGGUUGUAACGAAUAUUUAAUAUAAUGUUUUGUGUAUUC